UUGAUGUGUCAUUACCCUGGCUCAGUACGUAUAUAUAGCUGAGGGAACACGGGUGAGCAGGGUCACAUCACAAUGGUCAAGGCAAAGAAGUGGAUACUUGCUACAGAGUUUGCUGGAGAGCCAAAGGACUCCAACUUCAAGCUCGAAGAGGAGAACCUGCCUGCGUUGAAAGAUGGAGAAAUCAUCUGUGAUGCUGUAUAUCUCAGUGUGGACCCAUACAUGAGGUUAGAUCGAGAUUGGAUUAACUCUGUCGGGAGCGUCAUCAUCGGCGAACAGGUAGCGAGGGUGACGGAGAGUAAAAGCAAGGACUACCCCGUCGGAUGUCUGGUGCAGAUGUACUCGGGGUGGCGUUCACGUACACUGGUCAACCCUGCAAAUAAAACUGCAACUGAAGCCAUUCAUUUUCUCAAAGUCCCCGACCUUGGAAAACUGGAGCCAUCCCUCGCGCUGGGAAUCUUGGGCAUGCCAGGGAUGACUGCCUACUUUGGGUUCCUGGAGCUCUGUCAGCCAAAGGCUGGAGACACUGUGCUGGUCAACGGUGCCGCGGGGGCGGUGGGCAGUGCUGUCGGACAGAUCGCCAAGAUCAAGGGGUGCAAGGUGAUUGGCUUUGCUGGAUCAAAGGAGAAAUGUGAUUGGGUGAAGAGUCUUGGAUUUGAUCACGUGUUCAACUACAAGGAACAAGACAUCGACAAGUCCCUGAAAGAGGCGGCCCCCGACGGAAUUGACUGCUACUUUGAUAACGUGGGAGGAAAUUUCACAUCUAAAGCGCUUCAACACAUGAAAGAGUUUGGUCGUAUUUCUGUUUGCGGUGGUAUCUCAGUCUACAAUGCCACACAGCCACCUCUCACUCCAGAUCCGUUCAUGACGAUCCUAUCCCAACAACUUAAAGUUGAAGGCUUCAUUGUGAUGAGGUGGUGGACAAGAUUUCCGGAAGGCAAAGCUGAAAUGAAGAAAUGGAUAGAUGAAGGAAAGCUCAAGUACAGAGAGACGGUCCAAGAUGGUUUCGACAACAUGCCCAAGAUCUUCAUGUCGCUCUUGAAAGGAGCCAACAUAGGGAAGAUGAUAGUCAAAGCUUAGAUAAACAGACAGAUCACUGAGUGUCACUUAUCUCAGUCCCACUUAUCUCAGUCCCAAUAACUCACCUCCAUGCACAAAUCAUAUACUCAUUUAAUGUUUAUGAUAGAUGUAUUAUUGUGAUAUGGCAGCUGUGUGAUAGUUAUGUUCAGAUCUGUAACUCAAGAAACAUUUACAAGAUCUGCAAUCUACACAUUCUGUACUUUGAAAUAUAC